AUGAAGAGCGACAUCGAGCUCAAGAUAACACUACUUUGGUUACUAUGGCUGCAGUCUCUGGUAAAAUGUAGACCCAUACCUUGUCCUCUGUCGAAAAACAUUGUACGGUAUGGUCCCAAUGGUGAAAUAGUGGACUGUGUUCCUUGUGCAAACUGUCCCAUUGGACAGGGGUUGUCAUUUCCUUGUGGAUCCAAGGUGUCAAAUGACUCAAAAAUUGAGUGUGUAUUUUGUGAGCCCAACAAAACUUACUCUGAUGACCAUGGAAAAGGACACUGCAAAACAUGUCAAGAUUGUGGUGUUAGGAAUGUGAUUCAGGAAUGCACAAUCAACCAGAACCGUGAGUGUGGGAAAACAUGUCCUAAAGGGUAUGAUUUUGAUAAUACAUUUGAUGACUGUGUGGAAGAGCCAGAAUCAGAGAUGUCCACAGCUAUUUCAACACAUUCCACAAAAACUGUUAAACUGGAAACCAGUGGCAAAGAAACAACUGAAACACCAUAUAAAAGAGAAGCUCAUGAUGUUACCACUACUGCCUCAAGUAAUUCUAUCAAUAUAAACAGCAGUCAGCCAAAAUUUCCAUCAACAGGUGUUGAUAAUACCCCUUCACAAGGGACAUCACUGAAGGGAACUAAUAACUCUCCAUAUGUGUGGUCAACAAAGGAAGUUCAGCUUCAAGUCCAGGACCACAAAGCACUUUUAAUAGCUAUCUAUGUUUUAAUAGCUGUAGUGAUUGUUGUGAUUAUCGUAGUGCUGGUGAUUGUCUGCAAGAAAGGGCAAGAUCACAGCACUUCAAAGAGAGAUGGAGAGCCAAGAGAUAUUGCAGAGGAAAAUAUUCCACUGACUGAUAUUGAUGAAAGUGAGGGUUCAUCACAAGCCACAAUUAGUAGCUCUUCAACACAAGAGGAUUUGCGUGAUCCUGCUCUUGAAGAUAAUGCCACAGAACCUCUUUUAACAUUGGCAUCAGUGGACAUUCCUACAGAUAACAACAUAUCAAGAAGUGAGGUUUCUUCUCAUGCCAGUGAUGCUCAAGGGGAGGAUGACAUGAAUGUAGAAAAUAUUCCUGCAGACAUUCAUGUCUCUCAGAUGGAAAUGUUAGGUGAUGUGAAUGGCACGUUGUUCAUGUAUGUUCAAACACAACUUGAUGCCGGCGAGACCUGCACUCGCAAAACAUGGCGCAGUGUUGGAAGAGAGCUGAAGGUUCACUCUGAUAAGUUAAACUUGAUACUAGCUGAUGGAAGAAGUCCUACCGAAUGUCUACUUGAAUAUUUUAAAACUUUAGAAAAGGAGCCUACAAUGAGGGAAUUUGUUCAAGCCCUCAAAAAUUGUGGAAGAAAUGACAUUGCAAGAUACAUCCGCAAUUGGCCAUGGGCAAAUUGAGGAAGAAAGGAAAGAAUACAGUAUAUGUGCCUCAAAUAGUAUUUUAAAUGAUAAUUAAUUUAAUUUGUACAGUCACGAACCUUUCUCCUUCAAUAGCAACAGAACCAAAAUAUUCCAAACAAAAUUCUCAGAGAGAACAAGACAAGGGAAAGUGAGAACAAUUCUGGGAAUUUGAAGGAAGACAUGGGUACAUUAUGCAUCAAGAGCAGUGAGACAAAAUGGUAGUCCCUUCUGGGACAAGACCAUCUUU